AUGUAUUACACCUUUCUUUACGUAUUUUUGAUCUUCGUCGAUCGAAUAGGGGCCGGAGUAAUGCACAGCCAUUCGAAUGAUAUUCACAAAGAACGGGAAACUGACGGGGCUUACAGUCCCAGGGACCACAAACAUUUCUCUGAGGACGGAGAAGAGCACCACAGCGAAUUCGAUCACGAGGCAAUACUCGGUAGUCACAAAGAGGCCGAUGAAUACGAUCAUUUACCUCCGGAAGAGUCGAAGAGAAGACUGGCUAUUCUGCUCACUAAAAUGGACCUUAACAAUGAUAGUCAAAUUGAUAGAAAUGAGCUGAAGGCUUGGAUAAUUAGAUCCUUUAAAAUGUUGUCUGAAGAAGAGGCUCAAGAUAGAUUAGAAGAUGCCGAUGAAAACCACGAUGGUAAAGUUACUUGGGAAGAAUAUUUAGCUGACACGUAUGGAUUAGACAAUGGUGAAAACAGUAUAGAUUUUGAUGGAGAAAACGAGCAUUUAAUUGAAGAUGAUAAAACAAUGUGGAAAGUUGCAGACGGGAAUAAUGAUGGAAUUCUGGAUAAUGACGAAUGGAUUGCGUUUUCUCAUCCAGAGGAACAUCCAAUUAUGCUUCCGGUAAUUUUGGAACAAACUCUUAAAGACAAGGAUAAAGAUGGAGAUAAUGCUAUAAGUUUCGAAGAAUAUAUGGCAGGUAGAGGAAACGACAUUGCCAAAGAAGAAUUAAUCAGCGAAAAAACGAAAUUUGAUCAACAAUUAGACAAGAAUCAUGAUGGAAAAUUAGAAGGAAACGAAAUCCUAUCUUGGGUUGUACCAAGUAAUGAUGAAAUAGCACAAGAGGAAGUUGAUCAUCUAUUCGCUCACAGUGAUGAUAAUCAUGAUGAUAUAUUGACUUUUGAGGAAAUACUUGAACAUCAUGAUACAUUUGUAGGCAGCGAAGUGACCGAUUAUGGUGAUCACUUGCACAAUAUACACCAUUUCGAUGAUGAAUUAUGA